AUGCAGCGCAAGCAAGUAGACGAGCGCAUUGGCGCGCUCAUUCGAAAUGGGCUCCAAGAGAAGAAGCGAAGCUUUUUCGUUGUGGUCGGCGACCAAGCCAAGGAUGUGAUUGUCCGACUUCACUAUAUCAUGUCCAUGGUAGAUAUCAAGCAGAACAAAUCCGUCUUGUGGGCAUACAAGAAGAAGCUGCUGGGAUUCACAAGUCACCGGAAGAAGCGAGAAGACAAAAUCAAGAAAGAGAUCAGGCGCGGUAUCCGAGAAGCCAACUCUGAGGACCCAUUCGAGCUCUUCGUUUCCCUGCACAACAUCCGCUACACCUACUACAAAGAGACGGACAAAAUCUUGGGUAACACAUAUGGCAUGUGCAUUCUGCAAGAUUUCGAGGCUAUCACGCCAAAUAUUUUGGCCCGGACGAUCGAAACGGUCGAAGGUGGUGGUUUGGUGAUUAUGCUGCUCAAGGGAAUGAGUAGUUUGCGACAGCUUUACAACUUGUCUAUGGAUGCUCACUCAAAAUACCGAACGGAGGCGCACGACGACGUUGUGGCAAGGUUCAACGAGCGCUUCUUGUUGUCUCUAGGAGGCUGCGACUCCUGCUUGGUUAUCGACGACGAGCUCAAUGUUCUGCCCAUCUCAGGCGGCAAGAACGUGAGGGCUCUGCCGCCUCCGGAAGCAGACCAGGUCAAGACUCCGCAAAUGAUAGAGUUGGAAUCUAUAAAAGAUGAGCACCACGAGCAGCAGCCAGUCGGAUCCCUCAUCAGCCUCGCGAAGACGGUUGAUCAGGCAAAGGCUCUUUUGACCUUUACCGAUGCGAUCGCUGAAAAGACGCUGCGAAGCACAGUCACUUUGACAGCUGCUAGAGGUCGAGGAAAAUCCGCUGCCAUGGGAGUCGCCGUGGCUGCUGCCGUGGCCUACGGAUACAGCAACAUAUUCAUCACGUCUCCCUCUCCAGAGAACUUGAAAACACUGUUUGACUUCGUCUUCAAGGGUUUUGACGCUCUCGGCUAUGCUGAUCAUGCGGACUAUUCUAUUAUCCAAAGUACGAACCCGGAUUUCAACAAGGCUAUUGUUCGUGUAAACAUCCACCGACAACACAGGCAGACAAUUCAGUACAUCCGCCCUCAGGAUGCCCAUGUGCUUGGGCAGGCCGAACUGGUUGUUAUUGAUGAAGCUGCUGCCAUUCCGUUGCCUCUUGUUAAGAAGCUGAUGGGACCUUACUUGGUCUUCAUGGCGUCCACUAUCAACGGAUAUGAGGGUACUGGCCGCUCGCUUUCGCUGAAACUCAUCAAGCAGCUGCGAGAACAAUCUCGACAGGCCGCGACAGACGACGACACUCAAGUUGCUGACCGAUCCACUGGGCGUGUUUCAAAAACAGAGGAAUUUCAGGCCAGCCGGAAAUUACGUGAAAUCACCCUCGCAGAGCCCAUCAGAUAUACCCAGGGAGACUCAGUUGAGAAGUGGCUGAACAAGCUUCUCUGUCUCGACGCAACUCUGCCUAAAUCAAAGGCGAAUAUCAACGGCUGCCCUGACCCGUCACAAUGCGAGCUCCUCAACGUCAACCGCGAUACCCUGUUUUCAUUCCACCCCAUUCCUGAGGCCUUCCUGCAACAGAUGGUGGCGCUUUACGUCGCCAGUCAUUAUAAGAAUUCUCCAGAUGACCUCCAGCUUAUGAGUGAUGCGCCGGCGCACCAGCUGUUCGUCCUCACUGCUCCCACAUCCGAAAGCACCGGCAGACUACCCGAACCUCUCUGUGUUAUCCAGGUUGCCUUGGAAGGAAAGAUUUCUCGACAAAGCGUGAUCAACAGCUUGAGCCGAGGAGAGAGACCACAUGGUGAUUUGAUUCCCUGGCUUGUUAGCCAGCAGUUCCAAGAUGAGGAAUUUGCCUCUCUCUCUGGAGCCAGAAUUGUUCGCAUUGCAACCAACCCAGAGUAUAUGUCCAUGGGAUACGGAAAGCGAGCAAUGGAGCUUCUCGUUGACUACUAUGAAGGCCGAUUUGCCAACCUCUCGGAGGACGAGGACCAAGCAAUGGACGACAAGCCUACUCGGGCGACUGAUGCCGAGCUGGCUAAGGAAUCCCUUUUGAAAGAAAAAAUCAGCGUCAGAGAUGAUAAGCAUAUGGCUCCUCUCUUCUCCAAGCUGUGGGAGAAGAAGCCAGAGCGACUUGACUACGUUGGUGUCAGCUAUGGCAUGACCAAGGAGCUACAUAAAUUCUGGAAGCGCUCCUCUUUCUCACCCGUAUACCUCCGGCAGACUGCUAAUGAUCUUACCGGCGAGCAUACUUGCGUCAUGCUCAGGCCUCUUGAAAACAGUGGCGAUAAGACAUGGCUGGGCGCAUUCUCAAGAGACUUCCAGAAGAGAUUCCUGUCCUUACUAUCUUACCAGUUCCGAACCUUCUCUGCCAUCACUGCGCUAAGCAUUGAUGAAUCAGCGAAUAUCGGUGCACAGCUCGAUAGCAUACCCCUUUCUUCUCUCACAAAGGAUGAGCUGGACAAGCUCAUGUCGCCCUUUGAUUUAAAGCGACUUGAAUCUUAUGCGAACAACAUGCUUGAUUAUCACGUCAUUUUGGAUCUUAUGCCUACUAUUGCGAACCUGUAUUUCACUGGCAAGCUUAAGAAUGGCGUCAGCCUGUCGGGAGUACAGCGAUCCAUUCUUCUCGCCAUCGGAUUGCAGCGCAAGGAUGUUGAUGAGAUUGCCCAGGAGCUCAACACCCCUUCUUCACAGCUUCUCGCCAUGUUCAUCAAGAUUCUUCGCAAGUUCACUACGCAUCUCGGAACACUGGUUACAGCAGCCGCUGAUGCCGAACUCCCUAGGGCCGGAAACAUUGGCGUCAGCCGAGAGGAUGCCAGUGGCGCCCAUGACGAUGAGAAUGUGGAUGAGCGAUUCGUCCCCCUUGAUCUUGCGCUAGAUGAUGAACUAGAGGAGGGUGGUGACGAGGCCCUGAGGGCUCUCAGGCAGAAGCAGAAGGAGAUGAUUGAUUCUCUGCCUUUGGACCAAUAUGAAAUUGAGGGCGAUGCGCCGGCCUGGGAAGACGCAGAAAAACAAGUCAAGAGCGCCGCAAAGGACGGUAAAUCCAACGUUGUAGUCAGCGUCAAGUCCGCCAAGCAGAAGAGAAAGGCGGCAGGGGCCACGACAGCAGCCGAAGUGUAUGAACAGGAGUUUGGCGAAAACUCUCGGAAGAAGAGCAAGAAGGGGAAGAAGGGUAAAUAA